UGAGAAAGCUGUAGGGAGAGAGAAUAUCACUGAUAUAUAGAGGAGAUAGGAGAAAGAAGAGGCUCAAUUUGAAAAGAAUAACUAUGAUCGCAGAUAGAUCGGACGUCAACGAAACGCACAGCAAUGGCUAGACUGACAGGGAGGAAAUCAGCUGUUCUGGAUUGGAUCGUUUGAGGAUGCUCGAAGGAGCAGUCUCUUGGGAUAUAAUGCUGUAAGGCCCUGAGCACCAAAGCCAGUGAGCUACAGCACAGGGUGGAGGCCGUGACAGGAUUCACACAAUCGGAAAGAAAAAGACACCAUGAGAACAUCCAGGAAGGGAAGCGUGGAAAUGCCCGCUUUUGUACGGCAGCUGGUGAAGGAGACCGAAAAAAGGGUCACCUCCUUUUUUAAAGGGGGGAGGGGGGGAGGUGCAGGGGAGAUGGGUGAAGGCGAGGAGGGGGGAGAGGAAGAAGGGGUCAUCCCUAGCCCCUACCUGGAGCGGCCGGUUCUGGAUAAGCAUAUGCAGGAGGGAUGUGCCUCCUGGGGACUUACCUAUGCCCUGGCCAGCAUGCAGGGUUGGAGAGCCCACAUGGAAGAUUUCCACAACUGCUUUCCUCAGUUGGGGGGUGAACUCUCUCAUUGGGGGUUCUUCGCAGUGUAUGAUGGGCACGCAGGCAGCAUGGUGGCCCAACAAUGCUCUCGAAAUCUGCUGGAGCACAUCUUGGGCACAGGCAAGAUACGAGCAGAAGAAGAUGUGGAAAGGGUCACUGAGGGCAUCAAGGAGGGUUUCUUUCUGAUGGACAAGCACCUUCAUGCCCUAGCCUGCCGCGAGGGUUGGGAACGGGGAGGCACCACUGUAGUCGCCACAGCUAUAACCCCUCACCACAUCUACUUUGUGAACUGCGGGGACUCUCGGGCUGUCCUGUGCCGUGCAGGUCGGGUGGCGUUCUCAACCGAGGACCACAAGCCCUUCAGCCCGGGUGAGAGAGAGAGAAUAGAGAGUGCCGGGGGAACGGUCACUCUACAACGCGUGAAUGGAUCACUGGCUGUGUCUCGGGCCUUGGGAGACUUCACUUACAAGACAGCCGAGUGGAGGCCGGUCACGGAGCAAAUGGUGUCACCCGAACCGGAGGUGUCUGUCGUGAAGCGCUCACCAGCAGAUGAGUUUCUGGUUCUUGCGUGUGAUGGUGUGUGGGACACUGUUAGUAAUGAAGAGCUGUGUGCCUUCAUACACAGUCGACUGCGUGUCUGCACAGAUCUGAGAGAGGUCUGUUCUCAGGUCAUUGACCUUUGCCUCUACAAGGGGAGCCUUGAUAACAUCAGCAUCAUUCUAGUCUGUUUCCCCGGCGCCCCCCAGCUGUCACCCGAAGCAUUACAUAAAGAAGCUGAGCUGGAGGACUUUCUGGAGUCUAAAGUAGCUGAGAUAUUUGAAGAGCUGAGUGCAAGAUGUGAUGAGCCUGAUCUCCUGUCAGUUCUGACAGUUCUGGCUUCAACAGUGAUACCAGGACUACCACCAGGGGGCGGACUUCAGAGCAAACGGAACUGUAUCAUCUCAGCCUACUAUCAGCAGAAAGAAGCACGACGCUCUGGACUAGCACAGGAGUUCAGUCCUACAGGUGCCAAUUAAAAACCAUCUUCUGUAAGAUUUUAAAUGGAGAUGAAAUAUCAUUGACCAUGUUUAUAUUUUGGACAGCAAUGAACAUAAACACAUUUUACUUUCUUCUUUUUGUAUGUUUUCUUAAUAACAAAACAGACAAAAAGCAACGUUGUGCCAAAAUCAACCACAAUACUUACUCUAUAGCCAUUUGACUCUCUUUAGAUUGUGAUGCUUACAGUAUUUUCCUUACUAAACGUUUUAAAUCCGUCUUUAAAGAAAACAACUCAGGAAAUUUGUUGAACAGGUGGAAACCAUUUUCUGAGGUUCUUUGCAGUCUUGAAAAUGAUAUGAUGUUGGUUUCCUUUUUUAAAAACUGAUCACAAAAGACGACCAUAUUUAUUGACAGCCUCUGGGCUUUAGUGAACCAUAAAUUAGCAUCAAGCCAACUUUUUUUAGUUGUCUUGCACAUCUAAGUAAUGAGUUAACAUAUAAAAGUCACAAAUAUGCCAAGAAAUUUAAGAGAUAAAUUUAGUUAUUUUUUUUAAAUAUACAUGUACACAACAUGGAGCUCAACUUUUCCUAUUGUUCAAUUGUUGUAUCCAGUCAUUUUCUCUAAUCUGUUUGCAUGGUCUUUACUGUAAUGUACUGUACUGUGUUGCCUUACUGACCUCUUUGAAAUUAUGUCAACAACAUAUAAACAGUGUUAAUAUUACUAAGAUACUUCCUUAUGACUAUCAAAUGAACUGAUGCUUUGCUGUAUCAUGUUGUGUAACCUUCUUGCACAUUUUGCAGAUAUUGUACAGUGGCGAUAUUUGUGCUAUCAUAAAGGUCAAAAGUUGAGUAAUAAAGAUGAUAAUAAACAGA